GUCAGCCGCGAGGGAGAGAUGUUUCAUCCCAUGGACUGAGGAUGAAGUCAUCCGCUCAGUGGCUCUGCUAUUUAAGCAUUCGUUCCUUGCACCUGCGGACGGACAUUUACGACCUAUCUCAGCCGGACUCAGCGGAUGGACAUCGCUAUUUGGAGGAAUUUUCGGAGGAGCUGAUCCGCAGCAAGUUCAGCCGCAGCGUCGCGGAGCAUCGGGACCAGGGCGUCCGUUGUAAGGAGAUGGUGUUGGAUUUUGCAGGGCAGAAUGUUUCGAUGGCCAACCAGUGGUUACACGAGUUCGUCUUCUGGGCUGCCAGUCUGGCGACAUCGGAGACACGUCUCCAGCUUCUACCUGCGGAGUGGUUCCGAGGGUCGCAGGGGUCGAAGGUCCUGGAGGUCAUUGAUGCCUCCGUGGGAGUUCCGUGGGGCGCGAAGGAGAGUGAUGGCUUCGGCACUCACUUUGCGGAUGGCUACCUUCAAGCCGUCGAGUCGGUGGACCGGAAGGCUUUAUUUGAAAGUACAAUGGCUGGGCAGAAUCGACUGUUGCUUCGCUUCGAUCCCAGAUUGAACUCCAAACGAAUCGCAGCCACUAGAUCUCAGAGAAUUUGGGCGAUUGUACAAGAUCUGGCAAAGAAUGGCGAGUUCUCCUACGUGACAGAGCGGCGGCAGAUUUUUGUGCUGGUCCGAAGUAGUGUGGGAGAAGAGGUGGCGGAAGCCCUCUGUGUGUUGCUGGAAUGCCAGUGCAGCAUCCUUCGACUGGUGGAUUUGCCGCAGGAUCAAGGUCUGAUAGAAGAGAUGCUGAUAGCAAGGUACCAAACGAUCAUAGACGUCAACCAAGCGGUGCUGAUCCUGCCUUUCGACCUUUAUGAUUUCAAGAGUCAACUGCAGUAUCAAGGCACUUUGUUGGAUCACCCGCAUUGGGAGGCCUUUGCACUGAUGCUGGCCCACUUCAUUGCGAGAUCCGCUCAGAGCUUAGUCAUUCACUUUUUCCUGCAUGCACAAUACCUGGAUGUGGGCGAUGAUGUGGCCCUGAUCUCCUGCGAGGGUCCAGCUGAUCAAGCGUUAGCGCAGCGGUGCUUGGAUCCAGUGAUGAUCCAUGCGAUCCAAUACACUUCAGAGAAUUUCCUGGAGGCUGGUCAUGCCUCAAGGCGCUAUUAUGGAUUGCUUUGGCAUCACAAUUCUGUGUACCAAUCUUGGGAAGUUGAGGACUUUGCCAGUAAGGAUUUCUGGGGAUGUUUGACUUGUUUAGCUGCUAAAAAAGGCAGCUCCCUACAGAUUCAGCCCAUGGUGGCAUACAUGCACGUGCAUGAGAGGCCGGCAAUCGAUUCGGUCAAUUUAUGGCAUCAUCUGCUGGAGAAAAGAAUGCCGCCAUCCCUGAUUGGAGUGAACCUCCUUGUUUCCAUGCCUGGCUCUGGCCAGUCAUAUGUUCGCUUCAUGCUUGAACUAAUGACAGGAAGACCAACCCUAGGAGUUGAGACAUACUACAGCACCAAGGGACGGAGUCUGGGCGACUGCUUUCCAGAGAUGGGCGUGAACCGAUCUGCCGAGCCGAUUUUGUGGGUGGCGCAUUCGUUCUUCGAAGCCAAGAAGCUGGUCCAAGUGCCCUUGUUGAAGUCCUUGGUGCUGAUCCUUCGCAACUAUGCGAGUUUGUGGUUGCGAUUGAAGUUCUCCCCCUUGGAUACCUUGGAUGACGAGUUGAGGCACUUUGUUGAAGAGUAUUUAGCCGUCCUUCCGGAGCAGGGGGAUGAAGUCAUCAUUUAUCAUGAGGACUUGAGGGCUGCUGAAGGGACCUUACCCCAAGAUCUCUUGACCCUGUGGGACAUUUCAAACCUGCAACACGAUGACGCUUCGCGGGCAGCGCGGAUCGGAGACUUGCGGAAGAUCGCGCAGAGUUGCAACGAGUCUGAUGAGACAUGUGAAAGUGCAGCGUGCAGAAACAUCAAGGUGGUCUAUGGAAAAUCUACGCAUCCGCAGCGUUCUGCACCGAAACACAUUCCUCUUGAGAACUUGCCGGAGAUCCUUCGAUUGGAAGAAUUGCUGUGUGAACGACGGCCGCAGGCUGUCAAUAGCUUCUUGUUGCGCGACGCUUGGGGCAGCGGACGAUUGAGGUAUUGCACUGCUGAGGGUACAGCCGUUUUUGCAGACGAUGCCAUGGAAAAGAAACUGCAGAUGGAGUGACAAC